AUGGCCCGACGAAAGAGCAGUCGAUCCUCCUCGCGACUCAGCGUGGCGCCUACCACUGAGGAUGUAGCCUCAGUCAAUGAACCAGCCACUGCGUCCGUGAAGGACCAGCGCAGUAAGUCCGAUACCCCAUAUAGUGCUGAAGACAACGGGGAGACCCGCGAGGAAGCUGCGGCUCCCUCAUCAGAGCUUGAACACUCUCAGGGAAGUUCGAGUAAUGCUCAGGCAGCAUCUGACAGCUCUGGUCGUGAGGUUGAAAAUGGCCAGCUCCCACCGGUGCAAAUGAAUGAUCCAGAUGACGGUCAAGCCUUCACGAAGAGCACGGGGACAAGCAUCACCAACGGGCCAGCGCCUGCACAGCAAAUUGAGCAACAGACGGAGGGGAAUUCAUUUAUACAUGUUGCGACAAGAGCGAAGGAUAACGACACGCCCCCCACGCAGCCCCAGGGAGAGUGUCCUGGAACAUCGACUUUGCGACCUGAUACAAAUGGGAACCAAGACACGACUACCGGAGACCACGAGGGACGACGCAAAGAUCUCGACGACGGUCGUCUACCGUACACGACAGACGAGCAAGGCCGCGUUCAGCCCAAUGACUUCAAGGUCAUGCUGAACGCGGACGGUGGUCGUGCCUAUGCGAAACCAGCGGAGAAAGAGGAGCUGACAGGGUGGGCGAGGUUUGCGGAGGAGGUCUGGACAUUUGAAGACAAGCGAAUGGAGCGUUGGAAGGACGACAUAAACUACCUUCUUCUAUAUGCGGGCCUCUUCUCGACAGCACUGACAGGCUUUAUUGUACCAUUCUACGGAUUCCAAGCUCAAGCCGUCGAUCCAACCGUGCAGGCCCUCGCGCUCAUUGCGAUGCAGCUGAACGUCAUCGCGCUGAGUGUCGGCCAUACCAAUCUCACGCAGCAGCUCCCAUCUCCCAUCCUCCCACCGUCUGCAGCACCAGCUGGACGACCACUGUUGACCGGUAUACUUUGGACGAUCGCUCUUAUCCUCAGCUUGGUGUCCGGCGCAAUAGCCAUCAUCGUCAGCCAAUGGCUGCAUCAUCACGUCAAUCGUGCCACUGUCCUCGUUGGUGCUCUCGUUGGCGCUCUGCUGGUCACUGCACUCAUCCCUGUCAUUGCUGCGUCCUGUCCAUUCAAAUCUCCACAGGCCUGGUGGUGGCUCUGCUUUGUCCGACUCCUACAUACACCCCUCCUCCUGGUGAUGCGAUCCAUGUCUAAGUUUGUUGGGUGGGUAUACUGGAAGACCACUGGAGUUCUUGAGAAUAUUGCCUACCCAGUUUGGAAUGGACUAAAUUCAAUGUGUGGCACACUGGACGAAUGGCAUCAGCUAUCCAAUUGGACAGACUUCGAUAAUCGCUCUCUUGCGAUGCUUGCAGAUGCAGAUGCAAUCGUGACCGAUGUCUCCUUCCUCGAGAAGGUUGUCAGGCCUUGCAUUCAACAGCAGAAACUGGAAGACAUUGAGGAUACUCUCUCUGCCUACUACGACAUCAUGGAACAUCGUGCCCAUCACAUUGAUCGCUCGCAAUCCCCUCCAUGGCUCACCUGGGACAGCAGUGAGCAGGACAGCGGGACAAUCGAGACAUUAGUUCAGAUAUCCGUCGAUGUGCUCUCUCAGAUCCCUGAGACGCUGCUUCUGGCUGAUGACACGCCAAAAGCUCAUGUGAAGCGCUUUGACAACAUUCUACGGUGUCUACUGAGAGCGAUUCCACGGGCUGAGUCCGCCGUGCAUUCACGGCUCAUUCGCCUAUUACCUACUCCGGAGCUACCCCAUGUAGUCCAAGACAUGCUUGUAGACAUCAUCGCGAGCUGUGGUGGACAAUAUCGACUAGACAUCGAGGACACCCGGAGACUGCUCACAUUCCUACCACACGCCCGCGAGCGGCUCAGCACUGGGCGAUUCCUCUGGAUCGCAUGUUCAGCACUUCGGCACUCGGCACGACUCCCGCCUGACGACUUUGGGCGUGUUCAUAGCAAUGUUCGUGGCACGCUGGACGUCGUUGUCGAGUACUUCAGCUCGUCUGGCAUAGAGGAGGUGACCCAGGCGUACACUUGGGGGAAAUUCUCGAUCCUCCUCGAUGUAUGUGUCGAGCUCUCGCAAGUGGAUACCGCACAGUCGGCUCGCAAUGGCCAACUCUUUACUCGCGAAGUCGUCAAUGCGCUGGAACGCUGUGCAUCGCGAUUCCCCGAAAACGGAUAUUUGGGAAUUUACAUCAGAGACGGAAUGAAAACAAUACGCAGUACUGUUGGCUACUCUGCCGGCUCAAUUCGCAAUGAACCUGUCGCUGGGGUAACUGUCAACCCCGCACCGGCGCCGCAAGACGUCGAUGAAGCACCGAGGGAGCAUCCAGAGGUGGUCGGCGACACUCCGAUGCAGUAG